CUUAUCCGUACAGCAAGUGCUUUUAUCUACCUUGUUAUUCAAGCUUAGAUUUCAUUAUUUUUAAUCCGUUUACUACACGCAUUUGUUGUGGAUAAUUUAUGUUGAACUAAAACAAUGCGUUUUACUCUUUGCUUGUUGAUUGCACUUUUGUUGGCCGUUGUUGAUAAAUCUGCAGGUUUGAAAUGCUACACUUGCUCGGCAACUGAAAACGACUCUGAUACUUCUUGUGAUGAUGAUCUUGAUUCGUUGGGUAAAACCGGAAUUACCGACUGUGAUAAGAAAUUCUGCACAAUCGUCCGACUUGAUUAUAUU